UGCUUGCGUGUCUUCAUGAUUGGUAUCAGUGACCACAAGACUCUUUCGCUCAAGGCUCUCUACUCGGACUCACUCAUACCAUCUCUCCACUCAGCUGUCCGUGCUAGAAUCAAACCACAGCUCGGCAUUGACAUCAACAGCAUCGAGUGUGAGUUGUAUGGUGAUGAGGCGGAUCAUGAUGGUAUACCACUGGAUAGCACAUCGGUGACCAAUGAACAUGGGGAAACCCAAGGUACAUGUGCUACAGAUGACAAUGGUGAUUUCGCUGAGACUGACAGCUUGGAUGAGCACUUGGGUGGGAAUGGAGAUGCGGACCAGGACUAUGAGCUUGAAGAUAACGAAGGCAUUGAUAUCACCAUGUUAAACGGCCGGCCGCUUCACCCAGACGACUCUGGCUUUGGGGACAACGGUAGGCCUAUCAUUUUCAGCACAGGAAAAUUUUGGGACUUUGUCAACAUUUCACUCGAAAAUGUUCGCAAAAUUGCCAAGGAGGAGGCAGUGGCUGAUCAGAGUGGAAAUACAGGAUACGAAACCGCAUUUCGGCAAAUCCAGGUGGAAUAUUUCCAGCAGGACCUUGCUGAAUUUCCCGGCAACAUGGUUAUUCCUAAACUUCUCGCAAGCAACACCCCUCAGUGGCAGACUACCAUCCAGAAUAAGCUUCUGUGGAACGAGGAUCAGUGA